CGGAGCGUCGGGGCGCUCCUUCGUCGCGCUCUCGCAAUCGCCUACGCCUCGAUCAAUCGACCGCCGAUCGAUCGGCUGGUUGGUUGCUUGGCUGCUCGCUCGGCUGGCAGAGUCUCGAUCGGCCGUGCUCCGCGCGCCACGAUACCUCGUCGCCACGAGUGCCCGCGCGCGUGUCGGGGAUCGGCCGAUUUUUUUCCCAUCGCGACGGAGUUCCAGUUUUCAUCCGCGACCGACGUUGACGUUAUCCACGGAGGAGGAGGAGGAGGACACGGCUCCUCUCCGGCUUCGUGAUCGAGCGUCGCUGGGCGUCGACACGUGGGACACGUCGAUCUCGUUUAUCGCACGCGCGAGUGAGAUGGCUUCGUAAACGCGUACUCGCGUAUGGAUGGAUACGACGAUAAGACGGAUGAGUUUUAGACGAUGGACGAGGUGAGUGACAAGGCCCUGGUUAACGGACUCGAGCCUGAGGACUCGAUUAGCGCGAUCGUGCUCGAGAAAUCGCGGGGAUCGACGCGCGUUCGACGCCGAUAAAACGGAGCAUUCCGGAGUGAAUCGCGUCCAUCGACAAUCGGUUUCUCUCACUUUCGCCCGCGUCCUCGGAUAUAGAAUAACGCGAACGGAAUAGUUGUUUAUCAGGAGAGAGAUUCGAUUAAUCGCCCCCGACAUUCGACGUGUUAAAGUAGGAUCGCCUCCCCCGACCGAGAGAAGCGAUCGCAGAUUUCGGAUAGAUCUAACGUUCCCCGAAUAGCGCGAAGACCGGGCGCAGCUAUUUCACGCGACGAUUUCUUUCCGCGUUCAGGCGGCGCUCUCGUGUCUUCGCACGCGGAUAAAGGGUCACCGACGCUCACGGGGACGUUCUUGAGAGCGGGGAAAUCGAUGCGCGGCAGCGCGAAGAAGCGUGAAUAUCGGCGGAGAUCGCGCGCAGGAAGUGUGUGCGGGCUACCGUGAACGACCGAGGAGAGACAACCGCGGCGCGCGAUGUCGUCGAGUGGCGAAUUUUCGACGUUGUCGAGCGGCGAGGCCACCGGAACCGGCGAGGACUCGUUGCCGAGCUCGAGGGAGGCGACCGCGGAGGCCGCGGGUUCCGCCGGCGGCUUCAUGCCGCUGCGCGAGUUCCUGGACAGAUUCUCACUGCCGAGGGUGGUCAGGGUCGAAGGUGCCGGCGGUAGGCCGAUAUUGCUGUACAAGCAACAGCAGAGAUCGCUCCGAGUCACGGCCACGCUGCUGAUGCAUCGUUACCGUCACGACGUCAAAGUGGGACCGGAAAUAGUCAUCCCGGAAGGCUAUCCCGGCUGGUUCUCGGUGGUCUCCAGCAACAGCGGUACCGGAAACGCCAGGGUGUACAGAAGAGUCGGCGCGUUGGUGCGCGCCGGAGUGCCGGCGUUCUUGCUCGCGAAGCCGCUGAGAGCGUACACGCUGACGCACUCCAAAAUGGAGAACGGCAACUUGCGAGCCCACUAUACGAAGACGACGGUGCGCGCGGGCGAAGUCCUGCGGCUGACUGCGGUCUUCCAGGACACCCGUCGCGCACCAGUCACCGGUGGCGUGUCCGGAGCGAUCGGCGGGGUCCCGGAGGGCAAGUGCUCGAGGUCCUCGGAGAGGGAUCAGUACGCCCAAUGCUUGGAUUCUCAUGGACACGAACUCUUUGCGCCGCUCUCGGCCAGAGGCGAGUUCUACGCGACCUGUCAGAGCGGCAGCCUCGACACCGGCAGCGACGCGGUGCUCUACAGGGUCCACCAGCUCGCCAGGAGGGACCUUCCCCUGAGGGUGCGCUUGGUCGCCGGACCCUUACCCAUACCGCUGCCGCGAGAUUACAGCGGCCUGAUGCAGCUGGAGAACGCGACCAGAGGACCCAUUGUACUCGGCUGCGCGGUACCGUUGAUGCCCGAGAGACCCUUACCCAACUCUACCGUACCAGAACUGUUGGAGCUCGUCGCUACCGGCCCGACCGCGCCCCGGGUGAAGAGGGCACGAUUGGGCUGCCCUUCCGAGGCGAGACUGCUCGCCUCACCGAAGAUGCAGCGAUUGCUCUCGGCUUGCAGAAGAGCCUUAGACCAGCGAGCUACCGAGCCGCGAGUCGCUCCGCCGAAACCCGCGUCCAACAACGGCCAGCUGAAGGAGCUGCACCUGAAGGAGAUCAAAGCGAAGCCGGAGGCGAAGCCGAUCCUGCAGAGCCUGAAGGAAGGCUUGGAGCAUAUCAAACGCACGACGAUACGCGACCGGAGCAACAGCCGCAGCGCCGGCAACAACCACAGCUUCCUCGACAGGAUCUCGAGGAUAGCGCAGGGUGGCAAGAGCAGGAACCCGGCGAAGAAGUCGGCCUCCUUCACGUUCGCGGUCCGGCCGGAGAUCGGCAUGAGAUCGCCGGAGCGCUACGCCAGCCUGGAGUCCGACACGAACUUGACCGGCCAAGCGUCGCCGUCGUCCCGGCAGCAAGUGCAGCGCUCCAUCUCGACGAGCGUGCUCGAAGUUCAGACCGGCAACAGCUCGGACGUGGAUCCCCCGUACUCGAAAGUGAGAGACAGCCUGACGCCGCUGCCGCCCACGCCGCCGCCGAAACCGGAAGAGAUCUACGCCGAAAUCUGCGAGCUGGGCAGCGGUGGCAGUCCGUCGUCGCGGGAUUCUCCCGAGGGGAAGAAGAAUCACGGCACCAGGGAGCGGGAUCGGGGCUACGUGAAGCUCGCGUUGUCCCAUUCGGAGGUGUCCGACGUGUCGGCGAGCACCGGCGACGACGAGGAAGGCAUUUACAACACCGUGUGCUGAAGUAGGCGCGCGCCUCCUUCCGCGCCGGGGAAUCGCCGAGCGAUCGACGGCAACUGGCCCCGGGGUCGACCGGAACAAAUGACGUGACGUGCGAGGGGUCGGGAGGUCGCGGGAGUUCCUCCACGCGGAUAUCGAUAAACACGCCUACAGGUGCGAGCGGCGAACGCUUGUCCUUCUCUCUCUCUAACCAUCGGUCGAGCCGGCACUCGACGAAUUCCUUUUUCGACCGGCAAAAAAUCGCCCGCAGGAAGAGAGACCGUUUUUUCUCAUUUUACUUUCGUACGCUCAAAUUGGAAACUGUUCUUCCAACUGGCCGUCGAUCCCCUCGGUCGUCCUAUUAUUACGGCGGGGAGAGCGCUUUCCGGCACGGCGAAGAAACGCGAGGAGACGGAAGCGAUGUAUCGAUCGCAUCCGCGAGCGAGCGAGCGAACGAGCGAGCGGAGUCGAUGGGGAUUUACGGCUCGCCGAGGAAAUUGCUCGGCGGCGGUUUCUUUCGCCGCCGCGGGAGGAUCCGGGCGUCGAGGAGUCGCCGACGCGGACGUCCACCACCGGGAGAGGAUACCGCGCGGGAUGAUUUACAAGGCUGUUGACCGAGGAAAAUGAUCCCGUAAUUACGGGCCCCGGUGCAUGCUGCUGCCGCCGCCACUGUUGCUGCCGCGGCGGAUGCAGCGGGGCACGCAGAGGCCGCGUCUCUCCGUGGCUUCCGUCAUUAGAGAAUCUGUCGUCUCGCGAGAGGCGUGUUAAUAGUAGCGGCCUCCGCGAUUACCUCGGCCGCGGCCGCUCAGUGACAUUGAUGUCGGAAAAACGCGCUCGCGAAUAUCCGCGGCGGACCGUGGAAAACGCGUUGUUCGAACGCGUGCUCGUCCAUCUGUGGCCCCGAUUCCGACUUUUUUCCAUCCUAUCGGAUCCUACGAUCAAUACGCGGCUGAUCAUUUUUCUUUCAUCGUGUGAGGCCUCUCGACUGAUCCGGCUCGUUAAUCUCCCGGGCGAAACUGAGCUUUUCCCAUCGCCGGAGGUGCUUCCGUCAUGGAUAAUAACGACAUUCAAUCCGCGCGGAAUGCUCCCGCGGAUCUUAAAAUCCGCCGGAACGCGCCUUCCAAUCGAUUCGCGACGCGAUUCUUUAUUUCCUCGCGUCAUCGCGAUCUUCUCGCAGCUUCGUUGCGCAUCUCGAGCGUGUUCCGCGCGUAACGCAGGAACACGACGACGGUGGAGCAUACGAUCACGUGGAGUCGUGCGACGGGGAGAACGUGAUACGGGUCGUUGAACGUCGAUCUUAAACUUUCCGGACACGUCCGGAAGACGCCAGCGGGCGGAGAGCGCGUAAUAAUCCGGCGUCGCGGUCGCGGAUAAAUCGACGGUAGAAUGUAAACUAGCCGGUCGGCAGCUUCCGGGAAGAGGAAAUUACGGGCGUCCUUCGAAGGUCUAGGUCAUCGCCGGGAUCGUUCGGGCACGGACGGCAGCGACCCGGCCGUCGAGCCCGAGCUAUCGACCGGAGCGAUGCUUUGUGACGAUUAAUCCAUUAGCUCGUCAUGCUUCGCGGCGUUUGGCCUGCCUUUUCGUGUACGAUGACCCCGAAGUUUCGCGCGCGCGCGCUCUUGCCCCACGAUUGCGUGACGCCUCGCGAUUGGCUGUUAAACGCGUGAUUACAAACCUCGCCGGUACGUAGCAGGUAUUGCGGCUCGAAACGCUUCGAGGAAACCGGGAUAUCUCGGCCUUUCUCCCUCGCUCUCCCUCGCUCUGCUGCCCGCCUCCCUCUCUCUCUCGUUCUUUCGCAUGACGGUGCGCGCCUACUCGCUCGGCCGAGCGAGGAUGAUGAAGAAAGGGCGCAAAAAUCGAGGGAAAGACGGGACCGAGAUGCGUCUAAUGGGAAAUACCCACGGGAGGACGGGAGUACCGCGGGAUUCGCGUUCGUCAGGGAUCCUAACGGGCGUAAUUUUCUCUAAUCCGACGUCUCUUUGGCGCCCGACCCGGCUCGAAUCGCGCGCGCAAUGACGAUGUAAUAUUUGUAGGUUUUGUGUAUAUUUGAAUGAAGUCGUUGCAAAGUGGAAAUAAAGACAGAACGUUUCUACGA